UAUCUCCUUUUUAAAUUGCGUUUAAAUAUGAAUGCUAAAGAAAUUUUAAUGAAAGCCGUGCAAUGUGACCAAGCGGGGCGCAUAUUAGAGGCACAAAAUAACUAUCAAGAAGGAAUACAAAUUCUAAUGGAAUUGGUUAAUGACGAAAACGAUGUGGCCAAGAAAAAAGUUUUCUAUGAGCGCAUUAAAGAGUAUAUUGAUAGGGCUGAACAAAUAAAGGAACGCGUUCGGAGGCAUGUCUCACAAGGUGAAUUAGUUUCUCAUAAUCCUAUUGAUGAAGAUGCUACUGGCUACAGUUACAAAAGCCUAUUUGGAAAAUACAUAACUUCCGACGUAAAGGAAGUCCUCUUAGAAGAGCCAUAUCUUACAGAAAGAUAUCAGUUUCAAAAUUUAAUAAUAUUUUUCGAAUUAUUGGUGAAACAUAGUACGGGUUUAACAUUUAUAUCCUUGAUAACUAAAACAGAUCCUAAAAAUCCCUCCAACCAACAACAAAUACUCCAACAGAUCAAGGGAGAUUUGGCUAAACGUGGCGUUACAUUAAGCAUUAAAUUCGAAAACUCCUUACAUGAUCGAAAAAUAGUUUUGAGUAAUGGUUAUAUAAUUAAAAUUGGCCGAGGUCUGCACUUUUUUAAAGCCAACAAUCCCUUAUUUUCAUUGGGACUAGGCGACUACGACUUUCGUAGAUGUCUACAAACCGAUGUGGAUAUUUGGCGUACGGGAAAUAUUUAGAAAAAAAGUUCCUUUUAAGUUCUUUUAUUUUUGUAAUUUAAAAUAAGUACUUAUCUAAUGUUUUUAGAGAUAUUUUAAUGUAUUUUUUGGUCAAAUAAAAGUAAAUAUUUUUUAUACUU